AUGGUCUUCACACCUCCAUCGUGGGCGCCAAAGCUCCCAAUUGUGCUCAUUCUGUCAGAUCCUCCCGACUCCAUCUCGCUUCACGACUUCAUGAUAAGCGAGACCUAUGGCCGGCUCCCAAUCGCCAAAUCAAGAAACCCAUUUACUUGCGGUAUCACGGGAAGGACAUAUUCCGUUUCCGAAGCUCAUCAGCGCGCCGACUUCCUAGCCUGUGCGCUCGCCAAAAGACUCGACUUUUCACCAAACGAAGGUGUUGAAUGGGACAAGGUCGUUUCCAUCUUUUCUGUCAAUACUAUCGAUAGCUUCACAGUUACGCAAGCUAUUCAUCGACUGAACGGAAUUAUUACACCCGCGAGCGCUGCACACUCUGCUUCAGACCUGGAACAUCAACUGCGGUCAUCUGGGGUCAAAGCGCUCUUCACAUGCGCUAGCCGCCUUGAUAUCGCCGUCAAAGCAGCCAAGACUGUGGGUAUUCCUCAAGAUCGCAUAUUCAUUCUAGCUACGCCAGACGACAACUCAAAACUGCCUUUCACAACAUUUGAUGAUCUUGUGAAAGAGGGCGCAGACCUACCAAAGUUGGAACCACUAAAAUGGGUUAAAGGCCAAGGUGCGAGGCAAGUCGCCUUCCUCUGCUACUCCAGCGGAACGUCUGGACUUCCAAAAGCAGUUAUGAUCUCCCAUAGAAACGUUAUCGCCAACGUCCGUCAACUCACGACAUACGAGAGCGUUUCAAGAAAGAAAGAUGGAAUCGAGACGCAAGCAUGCCUCGGUGCCCUUCCUUUCAGCCAUAUUUACGGACUACUCAUUAUUUCUUUUGCAAGCACUUUUCGAGGUGACGAAGUUGUCGUCCUACCUGAGUUCGAUCUGGAGAAGGCUUUGGUUGCUGUUCAAACAUAUAAGAUCGCCCAUAUGUUUGUCGUACCGCCCAUCAUCAUCCGUAUCAUCCAUAACCAGGCCCUGUGCGCCAAGUACGACUUGAGCUCCGUGCGUUGGCUAUAUACUGGUGCUGCACCUCUAGGUUCGGAAGUAGUUGAAGAGGUCAAAAGGCAGUAUCCGAAAUGGCGUGUCGGUCAAGGCUACGGUACUCAACCCUGUGGCAUAGCCCCUCCCCAUGACUCAAAACUGACAGUCAUAGGUUUGACUGAAACCUGUACAGUAGUCUGUACCACGAGCGAAGACGACAUCGACAUUGGAUCUUCAGGCUCUUUGGUGCCCGCAACUAAAGCCAUGAUUAUCGACAUCGAGACGGGCGAAGAGAUCACAGAGUACAACAAGCCGGGCGAGCUACUCGUUCAGACACCUUCGUUGGUCUUGGGUUAUAUGAACAACGAACGGGCUACAUCUGAGACUUUCAUCUGGAGGAAGGACGGUCGCUGGAUUCGGACCGGCGAUGAGGUUCUCAUUCGGCUAGCGCAUUCUGGGAACGAACAUCUCGUAGUGGUGGACAGACUCAAAGAGCUUAUCAAGGUUAACCGGCUGAUAUGUACACAGGGUCACCAAGUUGCCCCAGCAGAGCUCGAAGCUCAUCUCCUUUCACACCCAUACGUCUCAGACUGCGCUGUUAUCCAAACACCCAACGACAAGGCCGGCGAGAUACCCAAGGCAUACAUCGUCAAGUCGAAUGCUUGUGGCGGACAACCUGACGAAGCGCUUGCUCGUGCAAUCUGCAAACAUGUUGAAGAUCAUAAGCAAAGAUACAAGUGGCUUGGAGGUGGUGUUGAGUUUAUCGAGACAAUCCCAAAGAGUCCCAGUGGCAAGAUUCUCAGAAGAUUGCUGCGAGACAAAGAAAAGGAAGCAAGGAAGAGUUUGGUGGCCAAGCUUUAG